AUGCAGCGCUGCCUCCUCCUGUGCCUGGUACUCCUCAGCCCGCAGGUGGCCAGCCUCCGCCACCACCACCCUCGGGCGGCAAAGAAGAGAGUCAGGGAGCUGCCUGUCGCCACCACAGCAGCCCCCAGUAACAGGGAAUUUACCUUCGACCUCCUCAGGGCCUUGUUGGCAGCCAACCCCAACCAAAACAUCAUCUUCUCCCCUCUGAGCAUCUCCGUGACCCUGGGCAUGAUCGCCCUGGGGACUGGAUCCAACACGAAGGCACAGAUCCUGGAGGGCCUGGGCUUCGCCCUGCAGGGGGGCCCAGAGGAGGAGAUCCACAGGGUCUUCCAUCAGCUGCUUCAGGAGCUCAGCCAGCCCAGAGAAUACCUCCAGCUGAGCCUCGGCAACGCCCUGUUCGUCAAGUCCACGGUGCACAUCCACGACGCCUUCACGAGUGCCGUGAGGACACUGUACCUGGCAGACACUUUUCCCACCGACUUUGGGGACCCUCAGGUGGCCCGGAAGCAGAUCAACGAUUACGUGGCGAAGCAAACCGAAGGCAAGAUUGUGGACUUGGUUAAGAGCCUCGACGGCACCGAGGUCAUGGUCAUGGUGAAUUACAUUUUCUUUAAAGCUAAGUGGGAGACAAGCUUCGACAGCAAAAGCACCCAAAAGCAUGCCUUCCACGUGACGUCAGAGACGGUGGUGCAGGUGCCGAUGAUGAGAUGCGAGGAUCAGUUUCUCUACCUCCAGGACCCGAGCCUCGCCUGCAAGGUGGUGGGGGUCCCCUACCAAGGGAAUGCCACUGCUUUCUUCAUUCUCCCCGGCGAGGGCAAGAUGAGGAAAGUGGAGGCUGGACUGAACCAGGAGACACUGAGGAAGUGGCUCAAGAUGUUCAUGAAGAGGAAGCUCCUGCUUUACCUUCCCAAGUUCUCCAUUGAGAGCUCUUAUCAGCUGGAGAAAGUCCUCCCCAAGCUGGGGAUCAGAGACAUCUUCACCUCCCAUGCUGACCUGACCGGUCUCACCAACCAAUCCAACAUCGAGGUGUCUGAGAUGAUGCACAAAGCCGUCGUGGAGGUGGACGAGUCAGGAACCAAAGCGGCUGCAGCCACGGGGGUGGCCUUCGCGUUUAGGUCGGCCCUAAUGGCCUCCCAAAGGAUAAUGUUCAACAGGCCCUUUCUGAUGUUCAUUGUGGAGAAUACUGAGAACAUCCUCUUCUUGGGCAAAGUGACCCGCCCCUGA